AUGACUACCACGAGCUCUGGGGCAUGUUUAUGUGGCGCCGUUGCCUAUAUAUACACGGGUGAGCCCGUCAUGAGGGCCGUCUGCUAUUGCAGCCCUUGUCGUAAAAUUUCCGGCGGCACUAACACCGUCAACUUUGUUAUUCCUGAAGAAGACUUUACGCUCACCAGAGGGCAACCAAGGUCCUUCUCGAAAGAGCAUGAAUAUGGAAUGACGCUUACCGUCGUUUUCUGCUCGGAGUGCGGGACUACUUUGUGGAAGGAGGCUACUGCACCACAGUUCAAGGGUGUAAAAUUGGUUCAGGCGGGAACGUUAUCAGAUGCGAAAAAAUUAGAUGAAAAACUUGACGCCGAGUUAUAUGUGCCAGAGAGAGCCUCUUGGCUUCGUCGUCUUGACAAAGCUGCACAGAAAGAGUCAUUCUAA